UGCCACUCUCUGCUCCAGCCAAUGAAAGUACACAUGGGCGUGGCUUAACCAGCGAACAGACUAUAAAUACAAGGCAGCUCGCGCAGCCCGUGACAGACGUUCCUUGUUUUGGCGUUGACGGAUAAAUCGAUACAAAAAAAUCGUCGCUUUAUUAGAGUGCCAUGGCACGUACUAAACAGACGGCUCGUAAAUCCACCGGCGGUAAAGCCCCCAGGAAGCAGCUGGCCACCAAAGCGGCCAGGAAGAGUGCGCCCUCCACCGGCGGAGUCAAGAAGCCCCACAGAUACCGUCCUGGAACCGUGGCUCUUCGGGAGAUCCGUCGGUAUCAGAAGUCCACAGAGUUGCUGAUCCGUAAGCUUCCGUUCCAGCGUCUGGUUCGUGAGAUUGCUCAGGAUUUCAAGACAGACUUGCGUUUCCAGAGUGCUGCCAUCGGCGCCUUGCAGGAGGCAAGCGAAGCAUACCUGGUGGGUCUGUUUGAGGACACCAACUUGUGCGCAAUCCACGCCAAACGUGUCACCAUCAUGCCCAAAGACAUCCAGUUGGCCCGUCGAAUUCGUGGAGAGCGUGCUUAAAUGCUUUAUGUACUCAAC